AUGAUCAGCCACAGCCUAAUCUCGCAAGACUUCAACAACAUCUUCCUUCCCCACAACGAAAUUAUCCAGAACCUUAACGUAAAUACACUCUCAGCUGCAACAAAUCAUCAUCAUCAUCAUCAAGAACUUGUUAACGUUGUUUUUCCUUCUUCGUCAACCUCGGAUGAAGCCGAGGAGAAGAAGCAGAGGCGAAUGGUAUCGAACAGAGAAUCGGCUCGAAGGUCGAGGAUGAGGAAGAAGAGGCACAUGGAGGUGCUGAAUUGGGUGAUGAUCAGACUCAGAACGGAGAACCAGGAGCUUGUUCAGAGACUGAAACAUGUGUUAGAGUCACAUGAUAGGGUUCUUCAGGAGAAUGCUAAGCUUAAAGAAGAAGCUUCCCAUCUUCGCCAAAUGCUUGAGAGCUCUUCCAAUUUGCAAUCGCCUCCAUAG